AUGCCCACCACUCGCCGCCAAAGCCAGCAAACGGGUGCGAACCUUCUACAUGGUCUUGUUGAAGAAAAGCGCGUUCGAAAGUCGAGACCUGCUGGAUCCAGUACUGCGUCCAAGCCAGGCAAGGGCAAGAAGGGAAGGAGCAAAAGGCCUGACCCUAAUUUACCCCAUGUUGCCCUUGCAAACUCGCUCCUCGAGCGUGAGGCUGAUUUUACUUUCCCUGAACCAUCUGAGCAAGUCAGGCCUGGCAGGAGAGUAUGGGGACCACGUGAGGUUCCUAUUACAGAUCAAUCCCAGCUGCCUGACGGAUGGAGUGUGGAUGAGCCAGAUCUCAACGAAGCUGAUGUCGAUGGCCAAAUCGAGAGAUGCAAAGAACGUAUUUCCGAGGCAAUCAUGCCUCAUUUUUUUCAAAGCAGGAUGGAAACAUUCACAGCCAUCAAGCAAGAAAGAAUGGACAUGAUCAACUCUGAACCGAAAGGACUGAGUUGGGAAAUUGUUCAACGCCUCGAUUCCUUGAAAAAGCUGGAGCGGAGCCUCGAAGAUGAAGACGAAGAUAAUAAUCUUUCCAACGUCAGAGCUCUCAUGACUGCUUACCGCUCUGGAAAACUGAUCUGGGAUAGGGAGUCAGUCAGUUAUUGGUCAAAUGGUGGACUGAUUGCUGGUCCCAAAAAGUUGAAUAUACAGGAACUGUAUUCUCUUAGCGCAAAGCAUGGCCCAACGGGAUUUUGGGUAGAAGGAGUAAGUCUGAGAGAAAGAAAUCCAGAACAAAAGAAACAUCAGCUUAGUGCCACACCAGUACUAUUCAAAACCAAAUCACAGAGACAUGCGCACGGUGCUGAUUCAAAAAUUUAG